GUUUUGAAGAUGCUUCAGCGCCUGAAGAAUCAGUCCGCGGAGUGACACGAAGUGUAAAGCAGCCGGAAAAGCUGGACGGUCAAGAUGGUGGUUAUAGAACUGGGAGGCCUGAGCAAUUGCAUGAAUUAAAAUAACUGUAGGAGUUAAAAGAAAAUACAGGCCUUCUGGGGCCCACGUUUUGGCGAGGAAGGAUUCAUAGGCCACUGAAGAAAGAGGAAAUCAUUUUACAAAUUAGCAUCUGAGAGCGACAUGGAGCCGGGGUCCGAUGACUUCCUACCGCCGCCAGAGUGCCCAGUGUUCGAACCUACGUGGGCCGAAUUUCGAGACCCGCUUGGCUACAUCGCGAAAAUCAGGCCCAUUGCAGAGAAGUCGGGUAUUUGCAAGAUCCGCCCACCCGCGGACUGGCAACCUCCCUUUGCAGUAGAAGUUGACAACUUCAGAUUCACACCUCGCAUUCAGAGGCUAAAUGAACUGGAGGCCCAGACCAGAGUAAAACUGAACUAUUUGGACCAGAUUGCAAAAUUCUGGGAAAUCCAAGAUUCUUCAUUAAAAAUUCCCAAUGUGGAACGGAGGAUAUUGGAUCUCUACAGCCUUAGUAAGAUUGUGAUGGAGGAAGGUGGCUAUGAAGCUAUCUGCAAGGACCGUCGUUGGACCCGAGUUGCCCAACGACUCAACUACCCACCAGGCAAAAAUAUUGGUUCCCUGCUACGAUCUCAUUAUGAGCGAAUCAUUUACCCCUAUGAAAUGUUUCAGUCUGGAGCCAACCUUGUGCAGUGUAACACUCACCCAUUUGACAAUGAGGAAAAAGACAAGGAAUACAAACCCCACAGCAUUCCCUUAAGACAGUCUGUGCAGCCUUCCAAGUUCAGUAGCUGUAGUCGGCGGGGAAAAAGACUACAGCCUGAUCCAGAACCUACAGAGGAAGACAUUGAGAAGAAUCCAGAGCUGAAGAAGCUGCAGAUCUAUGGGGCUGGUCCCAAGAUGAUGGGCUUGGGGCUCAUGGCUAAGGAUAAGACUUUACGGAAGAAAGAUAAAGAAGGUGUCAUAUGCCCCCGCACUGUUUUGAUGAAGGAGGAACCAAGAGAGGAUGGGAAAGUGAUGUCACCAUUGCGCAGAGAGGACUUGAAUCACAGCAUAGAGCCCUGCACCAAGAUGACUAUGCAACUGAGGAGGAGUCACAGUAGUGCCCAGUUUAUUGACUCAUAUGUUUGUCGAAUAUGCUCCCGAGGGGAUGAAGAUGAUAAACUACUUCUGUGUGAUGGCUGCGAUGACAAUUACCACAUCUUCUGCCUAAUACCACCCCUUCCUGAAAUCCCCAGAGGGGUCUGGAGAUGCCCAAAGUGUAUCAUGGCGGAGUGUAAGAGGCCCCCUGAAGCCUUUGGCUUUGAGCAGGCUACCCAGGAGUACACUUUGCAGAGCUUUGGUGAAAUGGCUGAUUCCUUCAAGGCUGACUACUUCAACAUGCCUGUGCAUAUGGUACCUACAGAACUUGUGGAGAAGGAAUUCUGGAGACUGGUGAGCAGCAUUGAGGAGGAUGUCACAGUUGAGUAUGGAGCAGACAUUCAUUCCAAAGAAUUUGGCAGUGGUUUUCCUGUAAGCAGUAGCAAAGGGAACCUGUCCCCCGAGGAAGAGGAAUAUGCAACCAGUGGUUGGAAUCUGAAUGUAAUGCCAGUACUGGAUCAGUCUGUUCUGUGCCAUAUCAAUGCAGACAUCUCAGGCAUGAAGGUUCCCUGGCUGUAUGUAGGCAUGGUAUUCUCAGCAUUUUGUUGGCAUAUUGAGGAUCACUGGAGUUACUCUAUUAACUAUCUGCACUGGGGUGAACCAAAAACCUGGUAUGGGGUACCCUCAUUGGCAGCAGAGCAGUUGGAGGAGGUGAUGAAGAGGCUGACACCUGAGCUAUUUGAUAGCCAGCCUGACCUGCUACACCAGCUUGUCACCCUCAUGAAUCCCAACACGCUCAUGUCCCAUGGUGUACCAGUUGUCCGUACAAACCAAUGUGCAGGAGAAUUUGUCAUCACAUUUCCUCGUGCUUAUCACAGUGGCUUUAACCAAGGCUAUAAUUUUGCUGAGGCUGUCAACUUUUGCACUGCUGACUGGCUACCUGCUGGACGCCAGUGCAUUGAACACUACCGCCGGCUCCGGCGUUACUGUGUUUUCUCCCAUGAGGAGCUCAUCUGCAAGAUGGCUGCCUUUCCAGAGAAGUUGGAUCUGAAUUUGGCGGUGGCUGUGCACAAGGAGAUGUUCAUUAUGGUGCAAGAGGAGCGACGUUUACGAAAAGCUCUAUUGGAGAAGGGCAUCACGGAGGCUGAACGAGAGGCUUUUGAGCUGCUUCCAGAUGAUGAGCGCCAGUGCAUGAAGUGCAAGACAACGUGCUUCCUAUCAGCUCUGGCAUGCUAUGACUGCCCAGAUGGCCUAGUCUGCCUUUCCCACAUCAAUGACCUCUGCAAGUGCUCGAGUAGUCGGCAGUAUCUACGGUAUCGGUACACCUUGGAUGAGCUUCCUGCCAUGCUACAUAAGCUAAAGAUUCGGGCUGAAUCCUUUGACACCUGGGCCAACAAAGUACGAGUGGCCUUGGAAGUGGAGGAUGGCCGGAAGCGCAGCUUUGAAGAGCUAAGGGCACUGGAGUCUGAGGCUCGUGAGAGGAGAUUUCCUAACAGUGACCUACUUCAGCGAUUGAGGAACUGCCUAAAUGAAGCAGAGGCUUGUGUCUCCCAAGUCCUGGGGCUGGUCAGUGGUCAAGAGGCCAGGAUUGAAACUCCACAACUGACUCUGACUGAGCUGCGAGUACUUCUUGAGCAGAUGGGCAGCCUUCCGUGUGCUAUGCAUCAAAUUGGGGAUGUCAAGGAUGUUUUGGAACAGGUGGAGGCCUAUCAAAUUGAGGCCCGGGAGGCUCUGGCCUCACUGCCCCCCAGUGUAGGGCUAUUGCGGUCCUUGUUGGAGAAGGGGCAGCAGCUGGGUGUAGAGGUACCUGAAGCCCAACAGCUCCAGCAACAGGUGGAGCAGGCACGAUGGCUAGAUGAGGUGAAGCAAGCACUGGCUCCUUCAGCUCAAAGGGGCUCUCUGGUCAUCAUGCAGGGGCUCUUGGUUACAGGUGCCAAGAUAGCCUCCAGCCCUUCUGUGGACAAGGCCCGGGCUGAGCUUCAGGAGCUGCUGACCAUUGCAGAGCGCUGGGAAGAAAAGGCCCAUUUCUGCCUGGAGGCCAGGCAGAAGCAUCCACCAGCUACAUUGGAAGCCAUAAUCCAUGAGGCAGAAAAUAUCCCAGUUCACCUGCCUAACAUCAAAGCACUCAAAGAUGCUCUGGCUAAAGCACACGCUUGGAUUGCUGAUGUUGAUGAGAUCCAAAAUGGUGACCACUAUCCCUGUUUGGAUGACUUGGAAGGCCUGGUGGCUGUAGGCCGGGACCUACCCGUAGGCUUGGAAGAGCUGAGACAGUUAGAGCUGCAGGUUCUGACAGCACAUUCGUGGAGGGAGAAGGCUUCCAAGACUUUCCUCAAGAAGAAUUCAUGCUACACCCUGCUGGAGGUACUUUGCCCAUGUACAGAUGCUGGCUCAGACACCAGCAAGCGUAGCCGGUGGAUAGAGAAGGAGUUGGGCUUGUACAGAUCUGACACAGAGUUGCUUGGACUGUCUGCACAGGACCUCAGGGAUCCAGGCUCUGUGAUCAUGGCCUUCAAGGACGGGGAGCAGAAGGAGAAGGAGGGUAUCCUGCAGCUGCGUCGCAUGAAUUCCGCCAAGCCCAGUCCACUGGCAUCAUCGACCACAGUUUCUUCUGCAACCUCCAUCUGUGUUUGUGGGCAGGUGCCAGCCGGGGUGGGAGCUCUGCAGUGUGACCUGUGUCAGGACUGGUUCCAUGGUCAAUGUGUGUCAGUUCCCCGCCUCCUCAGCUCUUCAAGGCCUAGUUCCACCUCAUCACCACUGCUAGCCUGGUGGGAAUGGGACACCAAAUUUUUGUGUCCACUGUGCAUGCGGUCACGGCGCCCACGUCUGGAGACCAUCCUGGCACUGCUGGUAGCCCUGCAGAGACUGCCAGUACGGCUGCCUGAGGGUGAAGCCCUACAGUGCCUCACAGAGAGAGCCAUUGUCUGGCAAGGCCGUGCCAGGCAGGUUCUAGCAUCUGAGGAUGUGACAGCUUUGUUGGGACAGCUAGCUGAGCUUCGCCAGCAACUGCAGGAUGUACCCAGACUGGAGGAGCCCCUUACCUACCCUUCAACCCCUGCCUGUGACCCACACAGAGAAGGCAGUGGCAACGAUAUGCCUAAGGUCCCAGGGUUGCUGCCGAAUGUGGACAGUAUGACUAGUCAUGAAAAGAUAGCUCCUAUUCAGGGCUCAGGUAAGACAUACCUGGAGGUAUUGUCCUCACUAUUGCCAAAGUUGACUGGCCCUGUAUUGAACCUGCCUGAGGCAACCCGGGCCCCAUUGGAGGAGCUCAUGUUGGAGGGGGAUCUGCUAGAGGUGACUCUGGAUGAGAACCAUAGCAUCUGGCAACUACUGCAAGCUGGACAACCUCCAGACAUAGAGCGGAUCCGUACACUUCUAGAGCUGGAGAAGCCUGAGCAUCAAGGAAGUCGGACAAGAGGCCGGGCAUUGGAGAAGCGAAGGCGGCGGCGACAGGAGAAAAUAGAUCUGGGUAGGAAAAGUAAAGAAGAGCUGCAGUCAAAAAAGGCCCGAAACUCAGAGGUUAAGCCUGAUGAGGGCCAAGAAGAAGAGUUUGAAGAGGAAACAGAUAGUGAAAAUAUUUUCCUGACAUCUCCAGACCAUAGCCCCAUCUUGAAAGGGAACCAAAAUAGCUUCCAACAGAAGGAUUCAGGUUCUGUAGCCUCUUUUCCUUCCUUAACCCCCUUGCUACACCAGCCCUACCCUCAACAGGAAGAGUUAUGACACCAAGCAGAAAAGGGUUUUUUUAAAUCCACUGCCUCUUGGACCUUCCUAGGUCCUGAACUUUGUUUCUUAAUUUGUCACUUCAGAGUUUUGAUAUCUUAUGUCUUAAAAGUGAUGUUUUGAGCUCGGUUCCUAAGGUCAGUGCCCUGUGUGCCUCUUCCCAGAAGUUUCUCGCCAGCAUUACUGGGACUACCAUACAGUGAAUGAUUUCCCAAGCCAGUUUUGUUCUGCACUUGGGCAAAUAAAACUUGACAAAGGCAAAUAUAUCUCUCUAUUUCUCUUCCUUUUUUCUUAUAUUUUAAAAAUAUUUUGGUGCUUCAAGGCUUCUUCUACAUUCUACCUCCUUUUCUCACC